AUGUCUGGAAUUACUGAGCCUUCUCCAUUUGUGAAGAAAAUUUUGUUCAUGGCCAUUGGGUCCAUGGGUGAUGUCCUUCCUUUUAUAAAUCUUGGAGUUGGUUUUAGUCGUCGGGGACAUAACGUCAUUAUUGCUGCGAAUCGCAGAUUUAAGGACUUAAUUGAAACCAGAGGAUUCGAAUUUAGGGAAAUAAGAUGGGACAUGCAGGAAGAAUGGGAAAACACCGAUGCAGGAAGGAAAAUGGUAAAACAUUCUGGAUCUAUUAUUCUUGGCCCUCCAGCUAUGUUUAAGUUCUUGAAUCAAGGUAUCCAAAAAGCAUACAUGGAUGCAGAAAAUGUUUUAUCGGAUAUUGAUUUUGUAAUAUUAGGUACUGGAUCAACAUAUAUGUAUCCAGAGUGUCUUGUUAGAAAUAUACCUAUUGCUUUUGUUUGUUUUUAUCCUUAUGCAAGUUCUAAAAAUUAUGCUGGGGCUAUUUAUGGUCAACCAUUUAAUUCACUACAAUGGCUUCCAUUUGGAAUGAGUGCAAAAAUAUGGAGCUUUGUUGAUUCUAUAGCUACAUAUUGUAGUUCAGUUGGUGGUGGUGCUUUUGAAAUUAAUCAUGUUCCUGUACUGCAUACUUUAAACAAACAUCUUAUUGAAAUUCCACCAAAUCCAAAAAACCCUUUCGAAGUUCAAAUUGACUAUCCUUAUUUAAGUAUUACCGAUGAAUUAGAAAGCUUUGUUCCACCAGAAGAUUUGGUUGAAUGGCUAUCUAACGGAAAUAAACCAAUUUACUUUGGUUAUGGAUCAAUGCAUAGUUUCAGUGAUGCAGAAAGUAGAGUACGUGUAUGGUUAAAUUUACACAAAGCAAUUUCAUCAGGUCGAAUAUUUAUUGUUGGUCAUGUUUCUCAUGCUUGGUUAUUUCCUCGAGUUUCUUGUGUGGUACACCAUGGUGGUGCGGGAACAACACACAAUGUUGCUAGAGCUGGUGUUCCUCAUUUUGCUGAUCAGCCAUGGUGGGCUUCAAUUUUACAUUAUCUUAAUGUUGCUCCAAAUAACGGAAUUCCAGCUCAGUCUGUUACCUCAGACAAACUUUAUAAGGCUCUUUUAAAAGUAUUAACAGAUGAAAAAAUUCAUGAUGAUGCUCAAUUAUUAGGAAAAACUAUUCAAAAAGAUCAUGUAAAAUCUGCACCAAUAUUAGACAUUGUUUCAUAUAUUGAAAAAUAUUGGAAUAGAAAUAAAUGGGAUAUUAUUUCUAUGAAUGACGAUGAAUCUAUUAUUUCCAUAGAAUCUACUACUUCUCUUGAAACUAAAGAGGAUAUUGAAUCUGAUGAAUCUAAUGACACUAAUGAUACUCUUGAUAUUGAAGAGUAUAUUAAGCCUAAUAAUCAUCUUUUAAAACAGAAAUUUAUUGAGUCAGAAUUCAUUGAAUCAGAGUUUAUUAAACCUGAUAUUAUUCCAGUAGCAUAA